AUGAAUUUCACUCUAAUCAAAAGAAUUCCUUACAAUAUCGGGACAUAUUAUCAAGAAACUGAUUAUUUACAUGAACAAAAUAGUCGAAUGCUUUUUGUACUUCUGUUAAUUAUAAAGAAACUCACCAGACUUGUUCAUACCGAGCACUAUAGUAGAAAAAGAGAAUUACCAAAAAAAAUCAGAGAAGCAUAA